CGGUUAUCGGACGGCUAAGAACUUUCUACAAUUUUGAUGACGUAGUUCACAUAUGUGGCCAAUUUCUUAGCUUCCUGUUCAUCUAAAAUUUAAAAUAUGCCUGUAAACACAUCAAAACGCUUGUACACACAAGUUGCUUCUGAAUGUAUCCACGAGCCAGUACAAGUGAACACAGUAGUUGUUAUUCAUCCUGGAUCAUUGAAUCUUCGAAUUGGCCGGGCAUCAGACACAUUUCCUGUUACUGUCCCACAUUGUAUAGCAAGGAAAAGGAAAGAUAACUCUGUCCCAGAGUACAGAACUCCAUGGAUGAUCAGGAAAGAAAGAGAACAUCCAGGUGCAAGAAAACAGAAAGAGCAUGGCCUUAAGGCAGCAAAUGACUCUUUAGAAGGGAAACCAAUGGAUUCAGGUGAAUACAGACCACCAUCUUCAGUAAAACAGCUCCAUAGCAACAACAUUAGAGUAAGAGGCCAAAGAACAGAUGUUGCCUGUCCUUAUAAAUGGACAAACACUGACAGAAAUGUGCCGUUUAUUAUUGGAGAGGAGGUGAUAUAUAUAAAACCAGACACUGGUUACAGUAUUAACUGGCCAAUGAGAAGAGGCAGACUGAAUCUUCAUGAUGGACCAGGCGGUACACUGAACGCAGUAAUGGCUGAUAUAGAAACCAUCUGGGGAGCAGCUUUACAGACUUAUUUAGAUAUUCCAGUCAAAGAUCUCAAGUAUUAUAAAGCUCUGCUGUUGAUACCUGAUGUGUAUACACAUAUGCACAUUCGAGAAAUGGUGAAUGUGUUAUUAAACAGGCUUGGAUUUGGUGCAGCUAUAGUUCACCAGGAGUCUGUUUGUGGAGCAUUCGGUGCAGGUGUACCUAGCGGCUGUAUUGUGGAUGUUGGGGACCAGAAAACAAGCGUUUGUUGUAUAGAAGAUGGAAUCUCACACAAAAAUACAAGGUUAACAAUGGAAAUAGGGGGAUGUGAUAUUUCUAGAAUGUUUCUUGAGUUGUUGAAUACUCUCGGCUUUAAUCCAGCCCUUGACCUACGACUGUAUCCAGACUCUCUUCUUGUACAAGAAUUAAAGGAAAGAUUGUGCCAUCUAGAUCAUAACAGGUAUGGUUAUUUAGAGGAAUCUAUUCAGAUAAAGCGACCAGGAGAAUAUAUAACAAAGUACCUGAUACAGAUAGGAGAUGAGCUGGUUCUUGCUCCACUCAGCUUAUUCUCCACAGACAUGCUAGCUUUACAAGGGGAGAAUCUGUGUAGAUUACAGAGAAGAAAUGAAGGGGAUCCUGCCGACCCACAUGAUGAUUUCUACCUUAAACAGGUCCAGACAAGACAAGAUCCCGCUACAAAAAUGUCUAAGAAAAAGGACAACCAAGACUCAGCACGAGAAGGUCCAGAUCUAACGUUAGAUGAGUCAGGCCUCAACAUUCUACAAGAUGAUGACUCUAACGAUAUUCCAGACUCCAUGGCAAUGACAGAUACAACAAAAUCUCGGCGAGGUGAUGGAGAGGAGGAUAUGGAGGAAGAAUGUACAGUGGAACAAGUUGCUCCACCAUUGAUGGGAUUAGACGAGGCAGUUCUUUAUAGCAUUGAUAAAUGUAAGUCAGAUGAAAUGAAGAAAAAGAUGUAUAGCUGUAUAGUUGUGGUGGGAGGAGGGUUUAAUUUUGAGAGUACACAACCAUGGUUACAAUACUGUAUAUGGAAGAACAUGCCAGCUUAUUUCAGACCAAUGUUAGAAACUAUGGAUGUUAUUACAAGGCCGAAGGAGAUGGAUCCACAGAUUGUGGCCUGGAAGGGUGCAGCCAUUCUGGCUUGCUUAGAUACAACACAAGAAUUGUGGAUUAAACAGAAAGAAUGGCAACAAUUUGAUGUUAGAAUGUUAAGAGAAAGAGCACCAUUUGUAUGGUGAACAUUUAUCUGACACAAAAAUAGAAGAAAAAGUAAACUUCUAAUGCAACUAAAAGAGGAAGGAGAUAAUUUGUUCCAGAUUGAAGCAUCUGUUGCUUUCAUUAAGGGAACGUUAUGUAUGAGGUAAAGUGUAAAGUCAGUGAUGAAAUUGGACGUCUUGAAACUGCAGCAUGUAAUUGCAUAACAUUAAAACCUACUUAUGGCAAGUGUGCAUUCUGAGACUGGAUCUGAAACUGACUUUUAUUACCUGAAGUGUUCAAAGAUCUCCCAUAUGCCUUCUGCAAGACAUAAUAACCAGCUUUGUUUUGCUGUUUGUGUGCAGGUAUAAUUUACUAAAUAUGGCGGAACAUAUUAUGAUUGUUGGUAGAGUCAGGGGAGGUAACUGAUGCCAAACAUAAUCCUUGGGAAUGACAUUGAUGUUAAAAGUUGUGGUUGUUACAUAGGUGAUGUAAUGGCAAAGUAUAUGUAAUGUGUUUGGAAAGAUUGGUAAAGUAAAGAAAUAAAUUACAAA